AUGGUGGCUGUAGAUUAUUAUAGCACCUUGAGGCUUGACCCUACUGGGCAGAUUCGAUUCCGAGAAGAGAAUCCAAAGAGGAAGGCCUCGGCUGCGCAUGCGAGAUAUGAGAAGUACAAGGCUGCGAAGACAGUCUCCGAGUUCCAUGAGAUUUCUUUGGCUCUCGGCAGUUUUGCCAAACAGGACUUCGAGAACGACUUCUCCAAGGGCUAUGUCACCUACUGCAAGGCAGAAGCCACAUCUCCGUCAGAUGACCGAGCUGCAAGCGGAGCUGCAAAGCACGACAAGCUCGAGAAGCUCAGCAAAAACACAAAGCCUCUUGCCGCAACCCUGAAGAAAACACCCGAAAUGGCAGUGUCUCAGCCAGAGGCAAGCAUAGGCUCCGGCGGGGCAUCGAGGAGUUCACCUCCGAGACCUUCAGCUGCAUCUGCUGCAAUGGACGGAGACAAAGGAGUUGCGAAACGCGCAAGGACAGCCGUGGAGGGUGGACGGCAGCCAAGGGAGGAUGAUAGCCUCUUCUCACUUGUCGAGCUUCCUCGCAAGGAAGCUGCCCCCGAAGCGAAGCCCAGUAAGCAGGUCAUGGAGCCACAGAGGACAGCAAGGGCAAUGCUUCCACAGCCGAAGGCUGUGGCCCGGAAGAGGAAGGCUCUGGAACCCCAAACCAGCACGUCAGAGUUGGUCAGGGAUGUGGUGCCGGACUAUGUUGAGGGACAGCCAGAUCCAUCCGGGUGCGAGGAAAGCUUGAAGAAAAAGGCUGCUUUCCUCUCUGACAGGGAGCCAAUGAUGCCGCUGAAUCGGACAAAGUUCGUCUGGGUUGUUCAGCAAGAGAGCCAUGUCUUCUCGCAUGAUCCAAAGAUGGCCGGCCCACUAAUGGAGACACAGCGAAGCUCGGCGCGAUGUGCCGUGUGCAGUCAAAAGUGUUACACGGAGCGAACAUUUCGUGUGCGCUGCUAUCUGAGACGGUCGAAAGGAGACCCGCCCGAGUGGAAGCACCCUCGGAAAAUGCGAGCUGAGCAGUACUAUGUUGGCACCCGCUGUAUGGAAGCCUUACUCGGCACUGCGCCCAUCUCCACCAGUCAGGUUCGACAACUUCGAGAACGAUUGCAUCGAGCACUUGAAGCGCGAGAUUUUCAGUUGGAUGUUUGGGCAAGUGUACUACGCCGGGUUGAGCGUGAGCAGCUCCCGCCGUUUGCAGAGCUUCUCGCAGGCGAGCUCAGAGGUGUGCGGCGAAGACGCGCUGCCGAUGAAAAGACCGACAAGUUCCAAGCCAGUACAAGACUGGGGGACUUGCAGACUUUCGAAGACCGUGAGAAGCACCGUCAGUGGCGAUUGGAUCAGGUGGUAUUGAAAAGAUGUAAGGAUCUGUUGGAGAUGUUGCAGGAAGAGGAAACUCAGAAGGUCGCAGAUCGUAUGGAUGAAUCGACGAAGGUGAUCAGUGCUCCGAAUGUCAUUGAUGACCUCCUAAGUAUUGCGACAAAGGGUGCAGUCACGACAGAGUCGUUGAGACUUCGUCCUCGCCCAGCGGGACCAGCCGAGCAGGUCUUCAUUCUGGAUUCCCCCACGAAGCAGAAGGAGGCUUCCGGCGAGGCACUCGCCGAGGAGCAGACACCAUCAUCUCCUCAGGCGGUGGUGCCCCCAGGCUUCGAGCCGUGGGAUGGAGCUGACAGCUUGGACGUGCUUUCCUUGGAGAUGACAGGCUUCCAUAGAGGCCUGCUGAAUCGCAACUUCAUCGCCGACAAGGUCACCCGUGUCAACGAUGCGAGAACCUUCUGGGACGAAUCCCGCGAUGUCUUCAUGUACUGGCAGCAUCCAUCGAAGCGCUGGUCCAUCUGCCAGAGGUGGGACAAGGAUGCAGACCUCUUAGUGAAGGUGCGCAGGGGCGCCGAGCUCGGCUGGGCCUUCUUUGCCUCUCCAGGUGUUUGGAAGGAGUUCUGGCGUGGCGAGUGGAGAAAGGUCUCAGUUGCAACCCGGAAAGAGCUCCAGGUACCGACGAAUCUGAUGCAGGCAGUGCAGGCCUCCACCCCGGCUGCACUCUACCGUUUGGGGCAGAACAUGCUUUUCCAAGUCCCGGCGCAAGGAGGACAGCCCUCCACAGACGCGGGACCGCCUCCUUUUGCAUCUGCAGUGACGAUGGAUCCCAUCAAGCUUCAGGUGCCGGUCCAGUCAGUUCAACCUGGCGUUGCAUCGAUGCUUCUGCAAGAUUCCACGCAUGCGCUGCGUGGAAGUGUGAUUCAAUGCGACACGCCACCCCUUCCGUCGAUGCGCAGUUUCGACUGA